GAGAUGGAUACAGAGGCAAAUUACAUUGAAGAUGAUGAAGAAGAUUUGGAAAUGAUUAUCGAGCGUCAGGGUGACGCUCUUGAGGACGACGAAGAUCAGCGGCCGGCAGGAAGCGAUGAUGAAGCUCAAGAGGCACCCACCGCAAAGAAAAAGGAAAAGAAAGAUGAAAAGGAAGAUGAUGGCAAGAAAAAGAGAGUGUUGGCCCCGCGACCAAAGCUUGACCCUCAACGCUUAAUGGGCCCAAGGGGACUUCUUGCUCUAGAGGCAGAAAUGAAAGGUGUAAAACUCAAAGGUAGAGGACACGAGUUUGAUGAUCUGGAUCUCGUCAUGAGCAAAAUGCAACACUGGGCUCAUAGGCUCUUUCCCAGCUACACUUUUGACGACUGUCUUGAGAAAUUGGAAAAACUAGGCUCAAAGAAAAAUGUUAUGGUUGAAAUGAAGAAAAUUCGAAUGGGAAUGAUAAGCGUAGAAGAUGUGCAUGACACAACAAUCAGAGGCAACGACUAUGUUGAGGACAGAGAAGAGGAAGAGCCAAGUUUCAGCACCCUGAUGGCUCAAACCCGGGCCGAUUCUCCUCCAUUGGCACCUUCCCCUCCUCCAGCUCCUGCUCCAUCAGAAAUCACUGACGAGCAGAGAGAACGAAUGAUUCGCAACAGGAUGAUUGCAGAGGCCCGAAAAUUGGAAAGGUUGAAGCAGAGACAGGAGGAGGAAAGGAGAAUCCAAGAGGAAGAGAGCUUUUUUGGUGGUGACUUAAUGUGAUUUAGUGUAAAGGACUUCCAUAAUAUCAAGAACAAUGCCACUUUUAGAAUUAACUUGUAUUUUUGUAAGGGUUGUAUACAUUUAUAAUUUUCCAUGUAACUAAAAAGUUAAUAUAAAUUCCACAAUAUUUAAUAACAAUAAU